AUGGAAUGCAGCAUACUGUAUAUUAGGGUAAAUCUUCCGCCUCGCCUGCUGGAGCUGGUGUUCCUCAGGGUAUUGUUAUCUCCCUUUUCUUUUUUCUCUCUCGUCUUACAUGACCUUUCUCUUUCUAAUGAGAGCAACUUCGUCAAAUAUGCUGGUGAUCUGACCGUCUCACUUCCUGUCAUGUUACAAUGUGACUGCAGCAAACUUAACUGCUUCCUGUCUGUA